AUGAACGACGCUCAGAAUGCAGACCCUAACGAUACACCCCGUUCGUCUCUAUCACCGAACCAAGCCCCCCAGUGGGCACCACCACGGUCCCCAUUACCUCCCCAUCGCCUGGCCAAACUCGCAAACGCGCUCGGCAUAUCAACACCCCUACCAUACCACCACUCUCCGUUCUCCGCAUCGUCACCGAACCUCGCGUCGCCAUUCCUGCCCGGCUCUUCUCCCUCCGGAUCGGACUUUCACCGCUCUCCGACCCCGUCUGCACUAUCCUCAACCCCAUGGUCCGCGUCCACAGUCGUAGGACCCACUUCCAAAUACUUACUGCACGUCAUUCCUCCUCCCGACCUUCCUCAUGCUACCGACGACCUAACACCACCACCACCAACGGCAUCAGGGUACCAUCCGCAAUUUCGUCGCGGCGUCGUGGUCCCAUUGCACCAAUCAUUGCAAUUGCAGCUUGCAGCCAUCGCCAGGGAGUAUGCUCUGCCCAGCACGUCGGGACUGGUGCUAUACUUGGUGCUGUCCUCACCAGGAGCAGCUUUCGAGGGAGUCCCGGACGAUGAACCUGGUCCCCGCGUAUCCGAAGACAUGUGGAAGCACGUCUGGAUUCGAGCGUUGAAGGCUGAGCGAGAGGAUUUCGGCCCUUCUCGUAGCGCGACACCUAUGCUCGGUCGUGCCUCGCCUGGACCUUUGUCCCCUCAGCCGACGGGCUCCAAUUCGCAGCUCCGUACGCUGAUGAGCCCCAGAACCAUAGAUCUCUCGCAUUCGUUCCAGUUUCCACCUACCCCAUCACCCUCAACACCCUCCUCGGCCAGUGCUGCCUCGCACCUCCAGCGAAACCUGUCGUCAUCCACCAGCGCUCGUUCACGAUCUCCCAUUCCCCAUUCUCACCGAUCCGACUCUGACCCCAUCGCUCCAUCACUUACACGACGACCCUCGUCGGCUUCGUCGACGAACCCGGACGCCGACCUCUUGGGCUUCGAUCUCCCCGGCCUCACCUCGCCUUCCUUCGUACCAGUCCUAGCGAAGGUCGAGUUCGAUAUCGACAAACGCAAAGCGACUUGGUUCGACCCCUGGAUACGGAGUCGCAGGCUUAAUCACAAGAAACGCAAGGCUUCUGCGGCGAGCUCGAUGCCUCCCAGUAGUCUUGGGAGCAGGGAACAAUCUAUUGCGGAGGGUGAGGAGGGUAGGGAGGAGAGGAAACCACCAUUAGAACUGGAGAUCCUGCGAAAUCAAACGUCCAGUCCCUCCUCUCUCUUUUCUUUGGCCAAAACAGCCGACGAGAGUCAACCAAAUGAGUAUGCACCGUUGGAGGACGAGGACGGGGACGGGGACGAGGUUGAUGCAGGCGAUGCAGAUCCCACUAUAGUUGGUCCUGGUGCCAAGGAUCCCCUAACGGAUGUGUUUGGUACAGAUGAAGAGACUUGGGCGACCAUGCGGGCUGAGGAACAAGCGGACGAUGACGAAGGUCCAGAUUCCCGCCGAACCACCAUACGGCGAACAGUUACUCAGAACGAGAGCAUCGUCCAACUUGCGAUCAGUGCCGGCGACCUAGGCUCAUUGCCGGAACCAGAGGAGGUGGUGGUGGUCGAGGACGAGACAGAGAAAGAGGUGGAAGAGGUACAGCACAUCUUGAGGCGGAUGUCGAAAGGUCCUGAGGGAGAGCCGGGCACCGGAAGCGUGGAGGCGUCGCCCGGUCGGAGUCGUAGUCCAACGGGCGGUACGCCUAAGAAGCGCGUACCACCGCCGUUGAAGCUCGAACCCACUAGCUUGGGCUCUAGCGGAGAGGCUGCCGUCCCGCUCAAUGCCUUGGGAUCAAGUCACUUGCCGUACCUGACAGGCGAGCAGCCGGACACACCGGCUGUCACGGAACCGGUUGAUAACAGCAGUGGUGAGAAGGCUCUCGGGAAGAUGACAAGUCCGGUAGAGAGGAGGGGUGGAGCCUUCUAUGAGGAUCUUGACCUGGGUUUGGAACCGAGCGUUGAAGCCGAAGACGAAGAGGAGUGGGAUUCUAGCGACCCGGAUGAUCACCGACGGAGUCAGUACAUCAUGAGAGCGCAAUUAGAUGAGAUUGAAAGGACACUGAACCAGCUUUCGCCGAGCACGCUCCAAUACGACCUCCCAGAGACUGGCUCCCCGAGCCUCGAUCGAGGAUCAGGCUUGAGUCCAACAUCGUCUCUGGGUAAUUCUCUUGCGGUGCCUUCGACCACAGGUAGUCCCGCUCUAGGGAACGGACGCGGGUCCUCUCAUCGUAUGGCGACAGCUCGCAGUGCGAGCAUAUCAGGCUUUUCUGUGAAACCUACCAUGUCCAUUGCUCAGGAAGAAGAGGUACCACAAUGGCCUGCUGUCCCGUUUUCCAUGGCUCGCACUCCUUCACCUUAUUCGGAAGCAUCGGAUCGAGACAUCAGCGCACCGCCCUCCCCGCCGGGGCCGCCCCGACUGGCCAUCAACGGAGUAAGCAAGGAAAUCCCUUACUCAGGUCGUAGGUCUGCUUCUGGCCAAAUCUCCGAAGAGACGAAACGCCGGCAGCGAGAGCUCGAGGAAGAGCAAGGGAUUUACCCGCCGCUGACGCCUAGCGUGGCUCGAAGUGCCGAAUCUCCCGUCAUCCCGCUUUCACCUGACCCUUUCGGUCGCUUCUCGUCCACGGAAUCAGGUACGACCGUUGCCAAUGACGAGCAUGCAUCGUCGCGAAUGACUAGUCGCGCGAACUCGCAGCUUUCGAUGGUGGACGACGACAUCUCUGAACCUCGUUUGCCCCGCGCGUCCAGUCGAUUCUCUGCCGAUUCUAUCGACCAGAACUUGCAGUCAGCGUCGAAGGCCCCCAAGGGAUCCACUCCCCUUGUAAGCGUGAAAGGUAUCAAGAAACUGUGGCGGAAGAGCAACAAGAACUCCAUUUCCUCCACCGCCGACCGGCCUCCGCGCUCACCGUGGCCUGCGGACUCCUUCCAGGACCAAGCAGAUGCUCCACCGCUCCCGAAAUCGCCGCAGGUCACUUCGGCGACGCUCUUGCAGCAUCAGAACGGAUCUCCCGCCGAACAGAACGGACGCGACAGUGGCGGCGGGAUAAGUACCGGACAUUCGCCACAGCCAUCCAUAUCGUCAAGACCUGGUACGUCUAUGUCCAACGGCCCGCGCAGCUCUGCGCCACCGCCACCAGCAGCUGCGGAUGAGAGGAGAAACACUGCGAGAAAAUCUAUUCUCAAGACAUGGAAGUCCGCGGCCAGUAGUUUGGCGCAGCAAUCGCGCGAGCAAGGUUCUGAUGGAGGCUCUGAUGCCUCUGGAUCUCAGCGAGGGAGUAUGGACGCGUCAAAGAGGAAGAGGCGGCCAAGCAUGUUCGAAGUCGCGAACGCCGUUCUCAACCGGGGUUCGAACGUCUCGGAGAUCCCUCCCAGCCCUAUAGUGCCGGAGCAAUUCCGUGCAAUGCAAGCGAACGGGCCGUCGCCACUGACACAGUCACCGCCGCGCCUCGUCAGCGUUGGCGGCCUCGCCACCAAGGAGCGGAUCAGUUGUAUCAACAUCUCCGCGACCAUCCUAUGA